GCAGAUGUAGCGGCGCGGGGCCGGCCGGAGGGGGGGCGCCGGCGGGCGGGAGCUUUGCAUUUUGCAGCGCUGGGCUCCGAGGGGGCGGGGGCUGGAGGAAGCGGAAAGCCGCGCCGAGUCGCCGGGGACCUCGGUGAACCAUGUUGAGCCCUGCCAACGGGGAGCAGAUCCACCUGGUGAACUAUGUGGAGGACUACCUGGACUCCAUUGAGUCUCUGCCUUUCGACCUGCAGAGAAACGUCUCGCUGAUGCGGGAGAUCGACGCGAAAUACCAAGAAAUCCUGAAGGAACUGGAUGAGUAUUAUGAGAAGUUUAAACGUGAGACAGACGGCGUCCAGAAGAGGAGAGUGCUGCACUGCAUUCAGAGAGCCCUGAUUCGGAGCCAGGAGCUGGGCGACGAGAAGAUCCAGAUCGUGAGUCAGAUGGUGGAGCUGGUGGAGAACCGGACCAGGCAGGUGGACAGUCACGUGGAGCUCUUUGAGGCCCAUCAGGAGGUCAAUGACACCACUGGCCACAGCGGCAAAGCUGGCCAGGAUAAGUCCAAGAGCGAGACAAUCACGCAGGCGGAGAAGACCAAUAACAAGAGGUCUCGGCGACAGCGCAACAAUGAGAACCGAGAGAACGCAGCCAAUAAUCAUGACCAUGAUGACAUCACCUCAGGAACGCCGAAGGAGAAGAAAGCAAAAGCCUCUAAGAAGAAGAAACGCUCCAAGGCCAAAGCCGAGCGGGAAGCGUCCCCCGCAGACCUUCCCAUCGACCCGAACGAGCCAACGUACUGUCUGUGCAAUCAGGUCUCCUAUGGAGAAAUGAUCGGCUGUGACAAUGACGAGUGCCCCAUCGAGUGGUUCCAUUUCUCCUGCGUGGGGCUGAAUCACAAACCAAAGGGCAAGUGGUACUGUCCCAAAUGUCGAGGGGAGAAUGAGAAGACCAUGGACAAGGCCCUGGAGAAAUCCAAAAAGGAGCGCGCUUAUAACAGGUAGUUGGCGGAGCUCGCGCAGCAGUGAGGAGAGCGGGCGGGCCAGUCUAUUUAUUACGUCACCACCUGUGCUGAGGUGCAAGGACCGUACAUUGUAUAUUUUUAAAGAAUGUUAGAAAAGGAGCCAUUCCUUUUGCAGGGAUGGCAGUGAUACUCUGCCUUUUGUUUUCAUUGGUACACACGUGUAACAAGAAAGUGGUCUGUGGAUCAACAUUUUAGAAACUACAAAUAUAGGUUUGAAUUAAACACUCAAGUGAGUCUCA